UUUAGUUAAUAGCGAUUCAGCCUUUCUUUUUGCAUCACUCGAUCCGCGCAAACAACAUUUCUUUGCUCUUAAUUCCUCAUGAAGUCAGCUUUAUUUAAAGUAACGUAAAUGAGGAGUCGCCGCUGCAAAUAUCUGUCGAAGCUUUGAGACGCUGACGCGCUUUUUACAUCAUUUAACUUUAUUCGGUGUAAUUUUAUUUUAAAAUGGAUGAAUGGGCUAUUUGUCUAUCAAUUAUUCCAUAUGAUGUUUGUCUUGAUUUGCUUCCUUUGGUCCGGUCUGUCAAAUAAUGUUAAAUGGAACGGGAUUAAAACAAAAGUUAUUUCCUUAAUGAGCUGAUUGUCCACGGUUCAUAUGGUGAUUUAAAGUUUCCCACCUGCGUUGAAUGAAAGGAAUUUACGUGAGCCAUGCCUUCUGUUUCUGGAAGUAAACGUUUGGAGGAUGUUCCUACUCUUUGCCCGCAUGCAGCUAACCUGGUGAAUGAAGAUAUCACCUGGGAUCAAAAGUCUUCCAGUGUGAAAGGGGGUGCCAUAACUGUCACCAGUGGUCACAGCAUAUCUGGUAAUGGAGAACAGGAUCGUCUCAAGGUUCACGAAGAAUCGUUCCAUAAAAGUGGGGGAAAAGGUGAGAGUGAGUUGCAGACCAGAGAAGUGACAGCUGAUAAGAGGAACUGGAUCCGCCCUGAUUUGCCCAGCAGAUGUACCUGGAGGCUGGGUGCACCGAUUUCAGAGUCACCUCAUAGUCACCCAGAACGCACUAAGCCCCCCAGCAUCCUCCCCAACAUCCUCGGGAACAUCGGACACACACCUCUGGUUCGUUUGAACAAAAUCCCAAAGGAGUUUGGACUCAAGUGUGACAUAUUGGCCAAGUGUGAGUUCUUCAAUGCAGGAGGCAGCGUGAAAGACAGGAUUGCCGUGCGGAUGGUGGAGGACGCUGAGAAAGCCGGGAUCCUCAAACCCGGAGACACGAUCAUCGAGCCCACCUCUGGAAACACAGGUAUUGGCCUCGCCCUCAUAGCUGCAGUGAAAGGCUAUCGCUGCAUUAUCACCAUGCCUGAGAAGAUGAGCAUGGAAAAGGUGAAUGUUCUGCGAGCUCUUGGGGCAGAAAUUGUGCGUACGCCUACAUCUGCAGCUUUUGAUUCAGCAGAAUCUCAUGUAGGUACAGCUUGGCGUCUAAAGAACGAGAUCCCCAACUCGCACAUCCUCGACCAGUAUCGAAAUGCCAGCAACCCCCUGGCUCACUAUGAUACCACAGCUGAGGAGAUACUGGAGCAGUGCGAUGGUAAAGUGGACAUGUUGGUGGCUGGAGCUGGCACAGGUGGUACACUCACCGGUGUUGCCCGGAAGUUGAAGGAGAGGUGUCCCAAUGUCAAGAUAGUUGGUGUGGACCCUGAGGGCUCCAUUUUGGUUGAAUCAGAAGAGAAAAAUGAAAAAAAGGUUUCGUUUGAAGUGGAGGGCAUUGGAUACGACUUCAUCCCUACAGUGUUGGACAGAUCUAUUGUUGACAUGUGGUAUAAAUCAACUGAUGUGGAGACGUUCACUAUGUCACGCAGGCUGAUCAGAGAGGAGGGUCUUCUGUGCGGUGGCAGCGCUGGCUCAGCCAUGGCAGCAGUAGUGAAGAUGGCUCGGCAGCUUGAUGAGGGACAGCGCUGUGUGGUCAUUCUGGCCGACUCCAUCCGUAACUACAUGUCAAAGUUCCUGAGUGAUGAGUGGAUGUGUGAGAAGGGCUUCCUCAGUCUGGAGGCUCCGAUGGACCACAAACCCUGGUGGUGGAACCUGACUGUCAGGAGUUUACGCCUGUCUGCCCCCCUCACUGUCCUGCCAUCUGUGUCCUGCCAGAAAACCAUUGAGAUCCUGAAGGAGAAAGCGUUUGACCAGGCCCCAGUCGUCAGCGAGUCAGGUGUGAUCCUCGGGGUGGUGACUCUGGGAACAAUUCUGUCCUUUGUGUCAGCUGGAAAAGUCAAAGCCUUAGAUGCUGUCAGCAAGGUGCUCUGCAAAAGUUUCAAACAGGUGCACCUGACAGACAGCCUGGGGAAGUUGUCCCGUAUCCUUGAAACAGAAAACUUUGCCUUGGUGGUGCAAGAUCACACCCAGUCUGAGGCUGAUGGAUCAGUUUGCCAGAGGCAGAUGGUUUUUGGCGUUGUGACAGCAGUCGACCUCCUCAACUACAUCACCACACACGAGAGGCAGGAUCGCUCGUCGUCUGAAUGCUCUCUGCCGGGCAAUGUGUCUCUGUGACUGUAUAGCAUUUAGGACGUAAUGUAUGUGUAGACAUUAAGGAAUGUAUAGAAAAAGGCCAGCCUUGUCCUUUCAGUAGUUAAUCUGUCCCGUGUUGAUUUAUGUGAUUUUUUUAUUAUCGUUAUUAAUCAUCAUUAAUCAUUAAAAAUACUUUUUAAAUUAAAUGGGGUUUUUUCCACUGGGUUUACCUCGCAGCUGUAAUUGCUGUAGGAACACCAAACUGAAGGGAGGAUUUGACAAAACAAAUCUUGACUUGAGGGUUUGUUGCAUUAGGUGGGGAUUGUCUCGCUGGUCUGUUUUCCCUCACCAUCCACCAACUCCUGAUCAGUGACUUCCCACUCAGCACAGUGAUGGGUUGUGGAUGGAUGUUUGUGUUUGGGGUCAUUCCCCAUAUACAUAUGACCACAUGUGAGUUUCAUUCUUAAUUAAUGUGAUAACAGUUGAGCAACAUAUUAAUGGCAAACGAUCUCAGUUUGCUCAAGAAGAGUGGGAGAUGUUUUUUUUUUUUUUUUUUUUUUUUUUUGGUCAAACUAUCAAAGCUUAAGAAUAAACUUUAUUGCUAAAAGAACAAUUAUACUGUUAAAUGUUUACCGUACUUAGCCUGAAAAAAUCUUUUUAAAUAAAUAGACAAGUCUGUGGAUAUUAUUAGUGAAAGAUGUACUGUACAGCUUUAGGCUUGCCUUGGUUUUCUACACAUUUUUCUUAAGGUUGUAGUUAAUCUUGCUUUUCUGCAGCAGGUGGACAAAUGCCUCCACCUAGUGGCCAAAAAGCUCAAACCAAGUAAGCUUAUAACAGCAAAAAGACCAGGAGUGUUUAAGGUUACAGAAAUGUGUUGCAUACUUGGUUAUGAAACUCAAACAACAUUUCUGAACACUGUUUUUUUCCCCAUAAAAGAUUUAUAUUCAUAAAUCUGCCCCUGGAUCUUAAAUCAGGUAAAAGGUUGUUGAACACCAACAACUGUGCUGGUGUUGUGUCAUUUGAAGCCAUUAUUUGUUUUCCUCUAAGAUAGUUCUGAUGUAACCUUGAGGUACAGUGGCUUCAGAAAGCACUCAGACCCUUUUGCAAAUUUUAUUGCAUUGUAGAUUUCAUUUUAAAUGGAUAAGACUGCCAAAUGUAUUAAAAAUGAAAAGCCUAAUUUCUCAUUUACAGAAGAAUUCACACCCUAAAUUCAUUCCCUUUCCAGCAAUUACAGCUUCAAGUUUCCUUUGGAAAGUCUCUACAAACUUUGCGCAAGCCUUGGAUUUGUGCAGUUCUUCCCAUUAACCCUGGCUGAUUCUCUCAAGCUCUGUCAGUUUAAGAAUUUGUGAACAUUCAUCUUCAGAUCUCAGAUGUUCUGUGGGGUUUAAGAGACUUGUCCCAGAGCCACUCCAGCGUUGUCUUGGCUGUGUCCUAUGGACCUGGUUAAUCAGUUUGGCUGGAUGGUGAACUCUCAGGAGAGUCCUGGUGGUUCCAAACUUGUCCCAUUUCACAAUUAUUGAGGCCACUGUGUUCCUGGGAACACUCAAAGCUUUAGAUAUGGUUUUAUGCCCUUGCCCUGAUCCAUGACUCACCACAAUUGUAUGACAGAGGUCUACAGAAAGUUCCUUGGACUCCAUGACUUGUUUUUGUCCUGACAUGCAUCGUUACUUGGCUGACCUUUUACACAAAGAUGUGUGACUUUCUAAACUAUAUCCAGUCAGUUCAGUUUACCACAGCUGGACUCCAAUCAAGUUUUAGAUACAUCUCAAGCAUAA